AUGGCCACCGCCACACCGCAGGGUACAGAUAUGAGGCACUGCACCACGCAAAAACAGGGCAGGGCUACAGAACAACACUCUGAUGCUUGCGAAGUGCUGAUUGUAUAUGGAAAAGAUGCUGAUGAAUGGAGUCAUUAUCUCCAGAGUCUCUUGCACUCAUGCCAAAAAAUUCAGAGCUAUAAAGUGGAGCGUAGAACUGCUAUUUCCACGGAGGAACAGGUUCUCUUCAAGAACAGCAAGUGUAUAAUUAUUCUACUGUCAUCUGAAUUGGUCCAGAGCUUCUGCAUUCCUGCUGUACUUCAGAGUCUGCAAAAGGUUCUACAGCCUCCAUCAAAAAUGGUGAAAUUUUUCUGCGGCGUUCCAGCAUGUGAGAAUUACAACGAGUUUUUCAAAGACUGGUUUCAAUGGAAAGAGGUUACCUAUGAUGAUGAAGCAGAGACCUAUGUUGAUGCAGUCAUGAAAAUUAUUUCAGAAGCAGAUUCUGGUUGUGAUUCAGUGGCUGAUGCAAAGAUGGAGGAUGUUGGGAGUCUGCAAGUGUCGGACAGUUUUCCAGGCUGUCAGGCCUAUGAACCUUUAGUGACCAGAUUAGAAAAUCUUGUUGCUGUGCGGCCUGAUCGUAUACGCUGUGGGGUGCAGACAACCAUUUUCAUAAUUGUAAGAUGUAAAUUGGAUAGACAAACAAAAAUGGAAGUGGAAUUUUCUUCUAAAAGCUGUCAGCCACUGAAACUAUCAGCAAAUAUUGAGAAUGAAUAUACAGUCUCCGUUCACACACCUGACUUAUCACCUGGAGCUGUAUGUUUGAAACUGUUUUCUGGAGAUGUAAUGAUAGCUGAAGCAAACAUCAAUUACUAUACUGACAUGGAAGAAAUUAGCAACUUGUUGUCUAACGUAGCAAAUCCAAUGGAAUUCAUGUGUCAGGCAUUUAAAAUUGUACCUUACUGCACAGAAACUCUGGACAAAAUCCUCACAGAAUCACUGAAAAAAAACCUUCCUGCCAGUGGUUUGCAUCUCUUAGGAAUCAAUCAAUUGGAAGAAGAAAAUAUUAUUAGUCAAAGAGAUGAAGAGUUGCCAACUCUGUUGCACUUUGCUGCAAAAUAUGGUUUAAAAAAUCUCACAGCCCUGUUGCUUACAUGCCCAGGAGCUCUGCAGGCUUACAGUGUUGCCAACAAGUAUGGUCACUAUCCUAACAACAUUGCUGAAAAGCAUGGCUUCAAAGAUCUCCGCCAAUUCAUUGACGAAUAUGUGGAGACAGCAGAUAUGCUGAAAACUCACAUAAAAGAGGAGUUGAUGCAGGGGGAGGAUAACGGCUCUAUUUAUGAGUCCAUGGCUCAUGUCUCGGCUGACCUACUGAUGAAAUGUUCGCUGAACCCCUGUUGUGACGAAGAACUCUAUGAAUCCAUGGGUGGUUUGAUGCCCAGCUCUACAGAGGAUUUAUAUGUAGAAAUGCUUCAGUCAGAUGCUAAUAAUCCUCUUUCACGGACUACCAAGGACUAUAUGAUGCGCAGAUUCUUAGAAGGUGUGAGUUUGGAGAUACCAGAACCUAAAGAAAGUAUCUACCAUCAAAGUGAGGACAAAGAUGUCUAUCAUACUGUAGAACAAGACAGUUUUCCUCAGGAAAUGGUCAACAGGCCACCAGUUCCUAUUCCAAGACCUGAUCUCUCCUCCAUACAGGAAGACAAAGAACCAUACAUUUGUAAAGUUUUUGCAGGAAAAGAUCAAGAGAAAUCUGGGAAUCUUUAUAUUUCUGCAACAAAUAUUGGCAAAGGUGACAAAGAACAAAUAAAUACAGUUUCAAACCAGUCUCAACAGAGCAUAUAUGACCCAUUUGCUGGUAUGAAGACUCCAGGUCAGAGGCAGCUGAUUACUCUACAAGAGCAGGUGAAGCUGGGGAUGCUCACUGUAGAUGAAGCUGUCCUGUGUUUCAAAGAGUGGCAGUUAAAUCAAAAGAAGAGAGCAGAAUCAUUUCGCUAUCAACAGGAAAAUCUAAAACGGUUACGUGACAGCAUCACUCGAAGGCAGCUUGAAAAGCAAAAGGCUGGGAAGCAUGCAGAUUUGGAAAUCACUGUACCAACUGGACAUUCUCAGAGUAUGCCAAGGAAACCAGAGUGUAGGAUUUAUGAAUAUAGUCCGAGAAAAAAUCUUUUCCCAAUAAGUAAAGAGAUAAAACGAGGGGACUGGAAAACAGAAAGCACAUCAAGUACUACAAGCAGUUCAAGUAACCGAUCAAGUACCCGAAGUCUAUUGAGUGUCAGCAGUGGAAUGGAGGGUGACAAUGAGGAUAAUGAGAUACCCGACUUGAAGAGAAAUUUCUGCUCUAGACCCCUGCAAGUAGACAACCAACUUUCCAUUUCAUUUGGAAGGCCUCCGAAAAUACCUCCUCGGGUUGCUAGCAG